UCGUGAAGCGAAUUGACUGUUGCAGGCUCGGUAUGUGGCGCAUGAGUAUGCGUUUCGGGAUGUAACGGCUGUUUCUCGGAGUACUCUCACUGAAUUAAAACAUAUUUAUAUAUCAGGGUGGCUCAGAAGAUAGGAAACCUAAGAAGAGCGGACACAAACUAAGGGAGUUUACGACAGCGCGGAGUGGAGGGAGACACGGGAGCGUGGCAGGAGGGACGACCUAGCAAAUCCAACCGACACCGCACGCAGAAAUGGCGGAGCACCACGCAGCAGGCGACGGCAAGCACAAAGCGUCCACCAAUGCCGGUGGCUCGGUGCACGGGAACAGCCGACCCGGCGCCGCGGGUGGAGGAGGAGGAGGGGGGAAAGUAGGCCUGUCUGGUGGACUCACACAGCCGGCAGGGUGGCAGUCUUUACUCUCCUUUAGCAUUCUCUUCCUGGCCUGCCUGGCCGGAUUCAGCUCAAGACUUUUCGCGGUGAUCCGGUUCGAGAGCAUCAUCCACGAGUUUGAUCCAUGGUUCAAUUACAGAUCAACACACCAUCUCACCACAAAUGGAUUCUACGAGUUCCUCAACUGGUUCGAUGAAAGGGCUUGGUACCCCUUGGGCAGGAUCGUUGGUGGCACCGUUUACCCCGGGUUAAUGGUGACUGCCGGCCUCAUCCACUACGUGCUUAACCUGCUCCACAUCACCGUCCACAUCCGUGACGUAUGUGUCUUUUUGGCACCGGUGUUCAGCGGUCUGACCGCCAUCUCCACCUUCCUGCUGACGAAGGAGCUGUGGAACCAUGGUGCAGGGCUGCUGGCGGCCUGCUUCAUCGCCAUCGUCCCUGGCUAUAUCUCCCGCUCGGUUGCAGGCUCUUUCGACAAUGAGGGCAUCGCCAUCUUCGCCCUGCAAUUCACCUACUACCUCUGGGUGAAGUCGGUGAAGACGGGAUCUGUAUUCUGGGCUAUUGGCUGCUGUCUCUCAUACUUCUAUAUGGUGUCCGCAUGGGGAGGUUAUGUGUUCAUUAUCAACCUGAUUCCUCUGCACGUGUUUGUGCUGAUGCUGAUGCAACGCUACAGCAAAAGAGUCUACAUCGCUUACAGCACUUUCUACAUUGUGGGUCUUGUCCUGUCGAUGCAGAUCCCCUUUGUGGGCUUCCAGCCAAUCAGGACCAGCGAACACAUGGCUGCUGCCGGUGUGUUUGCACUUCUCCAAGCCUAUGCCUUUCUGCAGUACCUGAAAGACAGGCUGACCCGACAGGAGUUCCAGACGCUCUUCCUCCUCGGAGUGUCUCUUGCCGCCGGCGUGGUCUUCCUCACCGUCAUCUAUCUCACUUACACAGGAUACAUUGCUCCGUGGAGUGGUCGUUUCUACUCUCUCUGGGACACCGGCUAUGCUAAGAUCCACAUCCCCAUCAUAGCGUCAGUGUCGGAGCACCAGCCCACCACCUGGGUCUCCUUCUUCUUCGACCUCCACAUCCUGGUCUGCACCUUCCCAGCAGGCCUCUGGUUCUGCAUCAAGAACAUCAACGAUGAACGAGUGUUUGUGGCCCUGUAUGCCAUCAGCGCGGUGUACUUUGCCGGUGUGAUGGUGCGCCUGAUGCUGACACUGACUCCGGUGGUGUGCAUGCUGUCUGCCGUGGCUUUCUCCAGCGUCUUUGAGCAUUACAUGGGAGACGACACGAAGAGAGAGAAACCCCCCGCUGAAGACAGCAGCGACGAGGACGACAAGAGGAAUUCUGGGAACCUUUAUGACAAGGCGGGUAAGGUGCGUAAACAUGUGUCGGAGCAGGAGAAGGCAGAGGAGGGUCUGGGUCCAAACAUCAAGUCCAUCGUCACCAUGCUCAUGCUGAUGCUGCUCAUGAUGUUCGCGGUCCACUGCACAUGGGUCACCAGCAACGCCUACUCCAGCCCCAGCGUGGUGCUCGCCUCCUACAACAACGACGGGACCCGCAACAUCCUGGAUGACUUCAGGGAGGCGUACUAUUGGCUGAGGCAGAACACGGAAGAGAACGCUCGCGUCAUGUCGUGGUGGGACUACGGAUACCAGAUAGCGGGAAUGGCCAACAGGACCACACUAGUAGAUAAUAACACGUGGAACAACAGCCACAUAGCCCUGGUGGGGAAAGCCAUGUCUUCCAACGAGAGCGCAGCCUACCAGAUCAUGAGGUCGCUGGAUGUGGACUACGUGCUGAUCAUUUUCGGAGGUGUAAUCGGUUACUCAGGUGACGACAUAAACAAGUUCCUGUGGAUGGUGAGGAUAGCAGAGGGAGAGCACCCCAAGGACAUCAGGGAGAGCGACUACUUCACCCCUCAGGGAGAGUUCAGAGUGGACAAAGCCGGUUCACCAACUCUGCUCAACUGCCUCAUGUACAAGAUGUCCUAUUACCGAUUUGGUGAAAUGCAGCUGGACUUCCGGACGCCUCCCGGCUUCGACCGGACACGCAACGCCGAGAUCGGCAACAAGGACAUCAAGUUCAAGCACCUGGAGGAGGCGUUCACCUCGGAGCACUGGCUGGUGAGGAUCUACAAGGUGAAGAAGCUGGAGAACCGGGAGCCGCUGGAGCACAAGCUGCGCAGCGUGGUGUCCAGGCAGAAGUUCACCUCCAAAAAGACGGCCAAGAGGAAGCGUGGACACAUCAAGAACAAGCUUGCCCUGAGGAAAGGCAAGAAACUGCAAAAAAAAUAAUGGUGACGAUGAACUCUUCUAGGAAAACAAACAACUGCGAAGAAACCUCCAACAACCAAUGAAGAAGAACACAGGGGCCACUUAUCUGGACCUUGGUCUCCAGCGCUUCUCAUUAGAGCGCCCCCGUGUGUUGAGGAAGUGUAACCUCUGGCUAGCUCCAGAACUGUUGUCCGUUUUAUCCUGAGGAUCUUUGUCUUGCUUUUUUCCCCCCCCCCCCGUUUUGUUCUUUCUUCUUUUUGUUUUAUUACUUUGUACUUGAAUGUGUGGCGAGGCAUAGGGCUGCUCUGCUUGGUUCGGCGUCGAUAAUUUUUUUGUGGUACGUUUAAUUAACUGCUUAUCAGUGCGGGGAUCGGGGGUGUGAAGGGGGAAACGAAAGAAGACUGGGAACAUUUGCACCAAAGACCCAUCGACCUUGCUCCAUGGCACAUGUGAACUCAUUACUGAGAGUGAGGACGCGCGGGGGGGGGGAAAGCUGAGGACUUGUUCCUGACACGUGUACAGAGGACAGUAUGCGGCAUGGAGGAACGCCGCCGUCUGUUAUAUGAACCUUUUUAUCAUCGUCCUCUCCUUUACGUCUGCCUGGCUCCCCGACCUUCUUUUUCAACAAAUUCUUUAGAAAACAAAUUGGCCUAAUGUGUACAUAUGUUAUGUAAAGAAUAAGUCUAAAAAGGAUGAUAAUAUAUUGGAUUAUUGUGGUGAUUUUUAAAUAGGCAGUUGUCAGUUUUUCUCUUAAGUUCUUUAUGUGAUUGUUCUUUUGAUUUCUUUUUGUUUUGUAUGACUGCAAAUAGAACAGUGAAUGCAAUAAUUCUUGUACAAAGGGGCUUGAGAUUUUGUUGGAAGAAUGAAUGUGAAUUUUUACAAUGUUCCCCCUUCACAUCUCCCUUUUUUCAUGAAUUGCAUAGAUUGUACAUUUCUGCUGCUAGGGUUUUUAAAGACGGAAGCAAGCAACUGUGUGUAAAAAGUAGUGAUAAUGAAUUAGGCUUCCCUUCCUGCAGAGGGAGCUCUCUAGUUGAACGUGCAGAGCCUAGUGCCUCAUCGCCGGUCACCAUCGCCUCGGUCCUCUGGGACUCUGGUAGUUUUUCUUUCAGCUCAUCAUAUCUCUUGAGUACUCUCACCAAACUGAGGCGUUGGCAGUGACUGGUGAACUGUGAAGGGGUUAGUUAGUUAGUUAGUUAGUUAGUUAGUUAGUUAGUUAGUACACAGGCACUGAAACUGAGACUAGAGAAGAGCAGAGGUCAGGAGACGCUUCAUCACUUUCUGUGACUGCGUGGCUCUGUGCUUUUUAGAGCUGUGUCCUCAUGUCCAUACUGCAUACAAGUCUAAAAAGGUUUGGUUAAUUCACACUAUAGUCGACCAUUAUUCUCAAAUGAUCCAAUAAACAAUUAGGCUGCAACCAAGGAUUAUUUUCAUCAUUGUAUCUGCUGAUCAUUUUUUCUCAAUUCGUUUUUUUGUACAUAAAAUGUUAAUUUCUCAAGAGCCCGAUGGGAUUUCAUUCUACUGCAUUUUUGUCUUGACCAACUGCCAUAACCCCUAAAAUCAUUUCAAAUUUAGAAAAACAGAGAAAGGUUGCUUGAAAAAGCCAAAAUAAGUAGCUUUUUGCUUGAAAGAUGCAUCACACUGCAUCCUACAAUUCCCAUGAUGCACCCCGAACGCUUUUUAUGAAUAGACUUCUCAUCCACAAUUUGUAACACAAAUUUGGAGUGAGAAAAAUUAAAUUAAAUCUGAUGAUACAAUUGCUUCAUGUGUAAAAUUAGCCCAACUGACUAAUUAAAAUUCUAGUAAUCAUAUUAGAUGUGAUGCAUUCAUCUGAAUAGUGUAGGUGGUGUAUAUUAUGUAAUAUGAGUAUAAAGUAGUACUGCAAACCAUCAUUUUAAUUGGUUGAUUAUUUUCUUAAUAAAUCCUUUCAUAAAACUUCACAUGGUAGAAAGAAAUGCUCAAUUUUCACAUCGGACAUAUCUGAUAUAACGUCAAAUAAAUGACAAAGUAGACCAAAUAAAUAAUUUACAAAGAUGCAGCUACUUGUGCUUUAAAAUAAUAACUUGAACACUAUUCCAAUAUAAAAAAGAUGUUACAUUUUCUUUCAGUUGACAUAUUAGUUAAAUAGUUCCAGCCAUAUAAGGUGCUUUAAAGUUUGGACACAGCUCUAAGGAGCGUAACCUUUGACCUGUUGUUCUGCGGGCACUGCAUUGUUUUUGUGUCUGUUGUAAACACUACAGGUGUUUAUGUAUGUGCACGCUUCAGUAACUUUCAUUUUUUAUCAAGUGACGCAUCAAAAGACUAACACAUCAUUGUUCUGUCACUUUCACAGAAAGGGGAUUUUUAUUACUAUAGGCUGUUUUUGUUUUUUUACACUUUUUGAAAACAUUUCUGAAUCGCUUUGUUCUUCUUUUCUUUGAUCAUCUCUGAAACUUGAGUGUCACCAUUUCAGACUUUUGACACAAUGCCACAUUUUUAUUCAGUCACACGAACGCCUAAAACUGAGUCCUGUCCUUCCUGUUUCUCAUUUGUCAAGAGAGGAGAGAGCUCAGACCAAGCCUUAAUGUGAUGUACAGUUUUUCGCCCUCUUAUGUUUUCAUUUUGUGUCGAUUAGCAGCGGCAGAGCGGUUCUUCCUCGCUAAGUUUUCUCGUUUCUUAGUAGCUCAGUGCCGUCUGUCCUAACACCGUUUGUUUGAAAGUUUACAUCUCCACAUGUUUCUGUUCAGCCAUCUUUAAAUAUACACUCUAAUGAAAA